CGACAUUAUAUGGAAGCUACCAGUACUCAAAAAAACCACAACAGCUGACUGCAUAAUGACAACAUCAAAACUAUCCAAAAUAGAAUUUCCUAAAAAUUGGGGCCCCUUUGACUUGCUGAAAAAUUGGAUAGACGACUACAAAAGUCAUACAAAUGAGGCCAGUGUAGGUUUCAAUUUGGCAACAGCUUCCAAACUUGGACAAGUUAAAAACCGCUUUAUAAUAAUGCAAGAAUUAUGUCAAGAUGGUAUUUUGUUCAACACAAAUCCAACCAGCCCAAAAGCAAUUCAUAUAAAAGAAAACCCCAAUGUGGCUGCAAGUUUCCUGUUUGUCAACAAGACUUUUUGCAAACAAGUGCGUAUUGAAGGAGAAGCUCAGAAACUACAAAUGACUCAGCAGCAAUAUGAAUGUUUGCCUUUUGUUGCUCAGAUGAGAUCUGCUCUGAUCACUGAGCAAAGUCAAGAGGUAGACUGGGACGAUUUGAAGUUCAGACAUGAUGGACUUGUGGAGGAAAUCGACAAAGGAAUUAUUAAAUUUGAUUCUGUACCUGAUAAUUUGGUUGUUUUCAAGAUUAUUCCAAAGAUGUUUGAUUUUUACUACAGUCAAACCAAUGAAAUUGCAGACAGGGUUUUAUUCAAAAGUCAAGAAGGAGACAAGUGGACUUGUAAUCAUAUAACUGCAUGAUUUGUAUGUAAUUUCGUCAUAAUAAAAUAGUGUUGUUAUCAGAG